AUGUCAUCCAACCUACAAAUUGAUGCGGGAGUGUACUAUGGCCGUCUGGCGUACCCACACUCUAGACCAACGACUCCUUUUUACAUGGUUUUCCCGGCAGGGAUCCGCAAUAAUGCACAGUGCUUUGUCCUCAGUUCAUUUGCAAAGGAUGCUAAUGGAGUCAUCAACCGGGAGUUUACGAGUAUUGUUCCUCGGAUUAGCAUGCUGAACAAUACAGAUUUCGUGCUAGGCAGCGCAGGGGGAGUUUUGGACGAGUAUUACUGUUUCAAAGGAAAAUUCUUGAACGACGGAGAGGAAAUUGAACUCGAUAUGUUGGAUCCCAAUGAGGAGUUCUGCACAAAGAUUCAACUUACCAAAGAGUACAAGAGUCGCAAAUGA